GGGCGGGACCUGCUCGAGUGAGGCUGGGAGCGGACCGCUGCCCGCUGGAGGUGCCGGGGGCGAAAUGCUGGCGUCUAAAUGCUGGCGUCUCCUCCUUCCUCUCCCAGAAUCCUUCCUUGGAAAAAAACAAGCGCCAACCGCAAGUUUAACUGAGGACCGAUUUAAGGCAUUACGAAAGACAGCGGAAGUUAUUUCAUUUACUUUUAUUUUCAUUAACUUAAGAGGGUAGGAUCCCGGGAGCCAGGGAGAUUCAGGUCAUUGCUAUGUUUUCCACUGUUAAGCGAAUAGCAUUAUACACAGCUGUGGGCUGUGGCAAAAGACAUUUUAAAAACUUUUCAAAUAUACUGCAUAUACAGAAAAUUGUACCUAUUAGAAAUAUAAAGCUUAAUAAGUUUUCAUCAACUGUAGACCUCACAUAACCAGCACCCAGAUAAGGAAAUAACCAGGCUUUCUCCUUUGCUCGGCUCUCCUCUCUCCUGCUGCCCUGUGAAGAGGUGUCUUCUGCCAUAAUUCCACAACACAUACGUGUAUCUUCCUUGGGCUAUCUUCCCUGCUCUGCCACACCGGGUCUGGAGAAGGGGUUUCAGCCCCAGGACAUUUACUGAGAGUCGGCGAGUAUUGGGAGCCGCGAUGUUCCCCCUUCGGGCCCUGUGGUUGGUCUGGGCACUUCUAGGAGUGGCCGGAGCAUGUCCGGAGCCGUGCGCCUGCGUGGACAAGUACGCUCACCAGUUCGCGGACUGCGCUUACAAAGAGUUGCGUGAGGUGCCGGAAGGACUGCCUGCAAACGUGACCACGCUUAGUCUGUCCGCGAACAAGAUCACGGUGCUGCGGCGCGGGGCCUUCGCCGACGUCACACAGGUCACGUCGCUGUGGCUGGCGCACAAUGAGGUGCGCACCGUGGAGCCAGGCGCACUGGCCGUGCUGAGUCAGCUCAAGAACCUCGACCUGAGCCACAACUUCAUAUCCAGUUUUCCGUGGAGCGACCUGCGCAACCUGAGCGCGCUGCAGCUGCUCAAAAUGAACCACAACCGCCUAGGCUCUCUGCCCCGGGACGCACUCGGUGCGCUACCCGACCUGCGUUCCCUGCGCAUCAACAACAACCGGCUGCGUACGCUGGCGCCAGGCACCUUCGACGCGCUCAGCGCGCUGUCACACCUGCAACUCUAUCACAAUCCCUUCCACUGCGGCUGCGGCCUUGUGUGGCUGCAGGCCUGGGCCGCGAGCACCCGGGUGUCUUUACCCGAGCCCGACUCCAUUGCUUGUGCCUCGCCUCCCGCGCUGCAGGGGGUGCCGGUGUACCGCCUGCCCGCCCUGCCCUGUGCACCGCCCAGCGUGCAUCUGAGUGCCGAGCCACCGCUUGAGGCACCCGGCACCCCACUGCGCGCGGGACUGGCGUUCGUGUUACACUGUAUCGCGGACGGCCACCCCACGCCUCGCCUGCAAUGGCAACUUCAGAUCCCUGGUGGCACCGUAGUCUUAGAGCCACCGGUUCUGAGCCGGGAGGACGACGGGGUUGGGGCGGAGGAAGGAGAGGGAGAAGGAGAUGGGGAUUUGCUGACGCAGACCCAAGCCCCAAUGCCGACUCCAGCACCCGCUUGGCCCGCGCCCCCAGCCACACCGCGCUUCCUGGCCCUCGCAAACGGCUCCCUGUUGGUGCCCCUCCUGAGUGCCAAGGAGGCGGGCGUCUACACUUGCCGUGCACACAAUGAGCUGGGCGCCAACUCUACGUCAAUACGUGUGGCGGUGGCAGCAACUGGGCCCCCAAAACACGCGCCUGGCGCCGGGGGAGAACCCGACGGGCAGGCCCCGACCUCUGAGCGCAAGUCCACAGCCAAGGGUCGGGGCAACAGCGUCCUGCCUUCCAAACCCGAGGGCAAAAUCAAAGGCCAAGGCCUGGCCAAGGUCAGCAUUCUCGGGGAGACCGAGACGGAACCAGAGGAGGACAUAAGUGAGGGAGAGGAGGCUGAAGACCAGAUCCUCGCGGACCCGGCGGAGGAGCAGCGCUGUGGCAACGGGGACCCCUCUCGGUACGUUUCUAACCACGCGUUCAACCAGAGCGCAGAGCUCAAGCCGCACGUCUUCGAGCUGGGCGUCAUCGCGCUGGAUGUGGCGGAGCGCGAGGCGCGGGUGCAGCUGACGCCGCUGGCUGCGCGCUGGGGCCCUGGGCCCGGCGGCGCUGGCGGAGCCCGGCGACCCGGGCGGCGACCCCUGCGCCUACUCUAUCUGUGUCCAGCGGGGGGCGGCGCGGCAGUGCAGUGGUCCCGCGUAGAGGAAGGCGUCAACGCCUACUGGUUCCGCGGCCUGCGGCCGGGUACCAACUACUCCGUGUGCCUGGCGCUGGCGGGCGAAGCCUGCCACGUGCAAGUGGUGUUUUCCACCAAGAAGGAGCUCCCAUCGCUGCUGGUCAUCGUGGCAGUGAGCGUAUUCCUCCUGGUGCUGGCCACAGUGCCCCUUCUGGGCGCCGCCUGCUGCCAUCUGCUGGCUAAACACCCGGGCAAGCCCUACCGUCUGAUCCUGCGGCCUCAGGCCCCUGACCCUAUGGAGAAGCGCAUCGCCGCAGACUUCGACCCGCGUGCUUCCUACCUCGAGUCCGAGAAAAGCUACCCGGCGGGCGGCGAGGCGGGCGGCGAGGAGCCAGAGGACGCGCAGAGGGAGGGCCUUGAUGAAGACGCGGAGCAGGGAGACCCAAGUGGGGACCUGCAGAGAGAGGAGAGCCUGGCGGCCUGCUCACUGGUGGAGUCCCAGUCCAAGGCCAACCAAGAGGAGUUCGAGGCGGGCUCAGAGUACAGCGAUCGGCUGCCCCUGGGCGCCGAGGCGGUCAACAUCGCCCAGGAGAUUAAUGGCAACUACAGGCAGACGGCAGGCUGAACCUCUGCCCAUCCGGCCCGCCCAUUCCCAACCUCUACCUAGGGUGCCUGGGAGCAGCAGUCUAGGGCUGGCAGGACUUAUGUCCCCCGUCCCCAACCUUCACCUACUCCUCCCCCUUACUACUCCCCAACCUUGACUACCAGGGACUUCUAUUAGGGAGUGGGCCGAUUUCACCAGUCCCUGCUACCCACGGCUGCCAUUCUCCCUGCGGGCUGAAUCCCCUUCCCCGCCAAGCACAGUGUUUAUCUUACCCCGUGCAAGACUCCACCCGCAGACGAUGGGCGAUAUCUAUGUCCCUCCAUUCCCAUCGCGAUUAUCUGCGAAAUCCACCCCGCAGCCUGCCCCACCGUGGGCUCUGGAGCCAGAGGAAACGAGCGAAGACUUUGGAAACCUCGCGGUAACGCGGUGGUUUCGGGGCCAGCCAGGGCCAGUGGAGUGCUGUGGGGUCCCACCUCGACCCCUCCUCCUCCCUUUCUUUUUUUUUUUUAAACGGAGUCUCGGUCUGUCGCCAGGCUGGAGUGCAGUGGCGCGAUCUCGGCUCACUGCAUCCUCCGCCCCCCGGGUUCAAGCGAUUCUCCUGCCUCAGCCUGCCGAGUAGCUGGGACUACAGGCGCGCGCCACCACGACCAGCUAAUUUUUUCUAUUUUUAGUAGAGACGGGGUUUCACCAUGUUGGCCAGGAUGGUCUGGAUCUCUUGACCUCAGGUGAUCCAUCCGCCUCGGCCUCUCAAAGUGCUGGGAUUACAGGCGUGAGCCACUGCGCCCGGCCCCUCCUCCCUUUCAAUCCCUACUCCCAGAAGCCGGGAUUCGUGGCAACCCCUAGUUUUUAGUUCCAAAGCCUCCUGCCGGCAGGGAACCAAUUCCUUCUGUCCUCCCACCCCCACCCCACUUCUGGCCUGUUGGAGUCCAGCCCGGUGCCUGGGGCGCCUUUCAGCUCCGCGCUCAGAUUUUCCUGUUUUCGUUGUUUUCAAAGACAGCGACAUUUCGGGUCUGGUGCUAACACCCCCUUCCCAGCCUCUGGGAAAAUCGGGUGUGUGUGUCGGGGGGUAGGGAGGGAAUGCGUUUUCUGUCGUCUCUCUCCUAACUUAAAGCGCCGCAGGACCGCGCGUCCCUUGGCGGCUGAGCCCGUGGACUUGGUCCCGGGCCAAUUUCGUUGUCCGUGUGUUGGGCUUUCCGGAGGUCUGUGCGCCCAACAGCGCCGCUCCCGCGGUUCCACCCGACCCAGACCCUAGCUGGAAAGCGCCGGAGGUGGAGGAAGCUGACUGUGGCCUCCCCGGCCGCGGCUCUCUGGAGGGCUCGCGCCCUAGUUCGCACAAAGCCUGCUCGUGACUGUGCGACUGUGCAACUGUGCGGUGGGAUCCGGAUGGAGCCGAGCCCCUCCGUCCUCGCGUCUCGGUCCUCGCGUCGCCCCGCCCCACCCGCCCCACCCGCCCCUGCUUCGGCGGGAAUCGUGUUUGCCCGGCGUGUAGUCCCUGACAAGCGUGCCCCGUAGGAGAAAAGUCUGUGUCCUGUAAAGUGUGACCGUGUA